GCGUCGCGCUGAAGUGGCGCACGCGCGCUGAAGCGACGUUUUCGUGUUUUUAUCGCGGAGCUAGAGCCGGGAAGAGUAGAUGUCUUCCGACUCUGACAGGAAGCGAGGGAGGCAGGGGGAAGAGGAGGAGGAGAGGAGCGAAGGGGAAGGAGAAGGCAGGUCGCCGCGGACUCGGCCGGUCAAGCGAGCGCGCCCCGACGAAGAAGGCACGAGCUCGGAGCGAGAGCUUGCGCUGCUCCCCAGCGACGAGGACAUCUUCUCCCUCAACUCCCUCGUCACCAGUAAAGAGGCACUGGAGGGGCUGGAUAUGUCGCCAGGCGAUUAUCUCUCGUCCGAUGGUGGGAGUGGCUUCCAGCUGAAGAAGAGGUCAAGGAAUACAGAGGAGCCACUGAGGAGAUUCUGGCAGCUGAGAGAGAGAAGGAGAAGGAAAGGAGAGGGAGAAGGAAGGAAACCAAACGAUACAGAGCCGAAGAAGAAGAGAGAGGAUCCAAAAGACCGUUGUCGAAUCGCGGGAGCCCAUAUCGCGGCGGCGGCGAGGGAGGGAGAGAGAGGGGGAGGGGGAGAGAGGAACUUUACAUCCGAUCGGACGACUGGUAUCAUCCGAGAGAUUAUCGCAGGGGCGAUGGUAGAAGGGGAAACGAGGGACGACGAGAAACAUACCGCCAGCAACGGCGAGAAGAAAGCUUGGAAGACGUCCGAAGGAGAGGAAGAGUCGAGGAAGAAGGUCGUCGAUUUUCAGUUUCGCCUCGACCGGGGAAAUCUGAUUGGAGAGGAGGAUUGUCAAGAAAGGAGGUGCGAGAGAGGGAGGGAGAGAGGAGAGAAAGGAGCGAGGAGGGGAUGCGAUACGAGAGGGGUCGGAUCGAACGAACGCAUCACCGAAAGAGGAAGAGAUCGCGCGAGGAACGAUUACAAGAGCGAGAGAGGGAGAGGAGGGAGGAUAGCUCAGAAAGUGAAGAAGUAUCGCCGGAAAAGGUUUCCCCGGGAGACAAAAUUGACGAUCUGAUCAAAGACCUGGAAGAACUGGAUGAAAGUCGAGAGGGCAAAAGACGAGUUAGCUCUAGCGAUGACGAAGAAGAAGGAGAAGAUGGCAAGGAGAGAGGGGGGAGCGAGCGCUCUAGUGUGUCAGAUUCAGAAAGAAGCGAGGGGGAGAUUGCCGAUGAGGACGUAUCAAGUGAGGAUAGCGAGGAAGAGACGAGAGAGAGGGAAUCACGACACGAACUUACGAGAGGUGCAACCGAGCCCGUGAUGAGGUCAAAGUUCGACAGCUCGGAGAAUUCCAGCGACGACGACGACGAAACUCGUCAGAGGAAGAAAUCGAGACGAGAUGCCGUAUCGUUUGCUAAAAAGGCUACUUACAGCGGGUACAGCGAGGUCGUUUCGGGCAGCGAGCACAGCGAUGUUGAAAUCCACGAUGCAGUACAACCGAUUGAGGCUGAAGCGAACGAGGAAGAGAAACAACAAUCAGCAGAUGAAAACGAAGGGAGGGAAGAAGUGGAAGUACAGGAGGAGGAAGAGGAGGAGGAGGAGGAUGAAGAGAGGGUGAAAUUGCCGCCGUACGUCCCUGGUCUCAUGGGCUGCAGGAACGUGGAGGAGUACGAAUGGCUGAACAGAAUCGAGGAGGGGACGUAUGGAGUCGUGUAUCGCGCCAGAGACAAGAGAACUGGUGAAAUAGUGGCUCUCAAGAAGCUGAAAAUGGAGAAGGAAAAGGAGGGAUUUCCCAUUACGUCGCUGAGAGAAAUCAACAUGCUGUUGAAGGCCAAACAUCCGAAUGUCGUAUUUGUCAAAGAGCUGGUGGUUGGCAGUAACAUGGACAGGAUCUACAUCGUCAUGGACUACGUCGAACACGAUCUGAAGGCUCUCAUGGAGACAAUGAAACAGCCGUUUCUUGAAGGUGAAGUCAAGACACUACUGCGACAGCUGUUGAGGGCAGUCCACCAUCUCCAUGACAACUGGAUAUUGCAUCGAGACCUGAAGACUUCAAACCUACUCCUUAGCCACAAGGGGGUCCUCAAGGUGGGUGACUUUGGUCUGGCCAGAGAGUAUGGCUCCCCUCUGAGACCUUACACACCCGUGGUGGUCACCCUCUGGUACAGAGCACCUGAACUCCUCCUGGGCUGCAAGGACUACUCAACACCAAUCGACAUGUGGUCCGUUGGCUGCAUUUUUGCAGAGUUCCUCCAACAUAAACCACUUUUCAUGGGAAAAUCAGAAAUAGACCAACUCAAUCAAAUCUUCAAGGAGCUGGGAACCCCGAGCGAGGAGAUUUGGCCGGGCUACAACGAGCUCCCGAUAACAAAGAAAGUCACAUUCACUAAGAGGCCGUUCAACAACCUGAGAAAGAGGUUUCCGUAUCUUCCGCAGAGUGGGUUCGACCUGCUCAACAAGUUUCUGACCUACGACCCCAAGCGGAGGAUCACUGCCGAAAAGGCCCUCGAGGAUCAGUACUUCGAGGAGAGCCCUCUGCCAGUGGAUCCAUCCAUGUUCCCAACGUGGCCGGCCAAGAGUGAAAAACUCAGGAGAAAGAGCAGAGAGAAGAGCCCAACGCCCCCAAUUGGAGGCAACUACCUGUUGACCCAGGCGGAGGAAGAUGGGUUCAAGAUAACGUCUGCUGUCCACGGGAAGGCGGCUGUAGGAGCAGGAUUCAGUCUCAAAUUCUAUUACAUGGGAACUGGAGGUGUUUGA